AUGAAGUCCCUUCUAUUUCUCGCACUUGCUCUUCUCGCCACCACGGCUUUUGCUCAUUCCAAACAGGAUAUGCUGGACACGAAUCGAGUUGUUUUGAAAGAAUCCGAGUCUGUCGAGUCUGCAUCCUGCGAUGAGUGCCAAUUGGUUGUCAAGAAGAUCUCCGAAGCUGCUAAGGAUCCAGUUAAGCUGAAGGAAUUGAAGAUGAUCUUGAACGCGAUGUGCAGUGAGACUGUCUACGCUAAUGAGUGCCGUCUCUUCGUCAGCCAGUUGGACUACUUCAUCGACAAGCUUCAACCAUUCUUGAAGGAUCCACGCGCCUUCUGUGCUCGCCUUCACAUCUGUGGAAACAAGAAAAUCGAUACCUUCCGUCGUCUUCUUCUUGAUUUCACCAAGCGCGCUGAGAGGAUUUAUUCCGUGCCAACCAUCGUGUGUGAUGAGUGUGAAUUCGUCGUCAAGGAGCUCAAAACCGUCGUUGAAGACAAGAAGAGCCAAGCUGAAGCACGCGAUUUCCUUCGUGAGAACGUUUGCAAGAGUCUCGGACAGUACAGAGGAUUCUGCGAUUUGGUCGUCGACGAGUACCUUCCACAAUUCAUCCAAGAGCUUGACGCCAUUCUUGCCGACCCACACCAGGUGUGUGUUGACAUCAAGGCUUGCAACGCUGGACAAGGAUUCAAGGCUCGCAAAUAUCUUCCGGCUACUGUAGAAGAAAUGGAGAAAGUGGAGAAUGACGUGGACACAUUCUGGAGUGGGUUGAUUAUGGAAAACAACAUAGGACAGGUCCUCGCAAUGUCAUGUUUCGAGUGCAAAUUCCUUGUUGAAGAUAUGGGAACGGAUAUGAUUUCGAACAGAAAGAAGUUGUCUGGCGACGUUCGUGAUUUUGCAUGCUACAAGAUUGUGACCGCCAACAUGACAGCAUCUUGUAUUGAUUUCUUGGACCUCUACCUUCCAACUGUCAUUCAGAUGACAAUUGAACAAUUCACUCCAUUGGGUAUUUGUCAAGCUAACAAGUGCUGUCCACCAAACUCUGAAGAAGUUCUCCGUGCAUUCACUUAUCAAGAAGUUCAAGCGGAAAAGUGUCCAACAAUGAAAUCAUUGGAGUCAUACGUCGCAUCCAAUAUCAUCGGAAGUCCAAUCGAAAAAUACUUCGAGAAUUCGUUGACUGAUACCAUUUGCUCGCAUUCGAUUUCUCUAUUCCAGCCUACUUGCCAACGUAUCAUGUCUGCUGUCGCUCCAAGAUUCGCCAGUUUGACUGCAGUUUUGGCCAGCGAGAACAAGUUUAGUCAGGCGCUCCUCUGCUAA